UGCAAAAAUUUGUCAUUCUCAGCCAAAAAGGAAAAAAAAAGGAAAGAGCCCCACGUCACUCGAAACCUCUCUCACCGUCGCGUUUUUUGAUCGACCAUGUUAGACAUUCCUCAACUUUAUCAUUGCAUGCUUUGAAUUCAACACAUGAUGAAACACACUGCUCUUUCAAUUCUAUUAUACCCUCGUUUGCAACACCCUCCAUCUCCCACCCAUUGCCGUCAAAUUUUCGGUUGUUCCGUUCAAAGCCUCUCCUUUCCCGACCCUCUCUGCGAAUUCUUUCGUUCUUCGUUCGUGGGUCUUCUUGGCCUUGACUUGGGUAUCGUUCUUUUCUUCCUGAGCUCUUCGGAUGGGACCCAUCAGAGGAGGGGUGAAGAAGAAGAGGAGGAGGAAAGCAGAGAAUAACAAGAACAAGGUUGACUCCGACGCUUCGCUCGCUUCCUUGCCAGUUCAGCCCCAGUCUUUGGAUUGGUGGGAUGAUUUCUCCAAGAGGAUUUCAGGUCCAUCGCAACCAAAGAAAUCAAAGGAAUUCGAGUCAUUUUUCAGAAUAUCGAGAAAAACAUUCGACUAUGUCUGUUCAAUGGUGAAGGAAGAAAUGAUGAAUAAACCCUCAAGCUUCACCGAUCUCAGUGGAAAUCCUCUGUCCUUAAAUGAUCUAGUAGCUGUUGCUCUUAGGAGGCUUAGUUCAGGAAAAUCAUUAUCAAGCAUUGGUGAAUCGUUCGGAAUGAACCAAUCGACGGUUUCCCAAAUAACUUGGCGAUUCGUGGAGGCAAUGGAAGAGAAGGCACUGCCUCAUCUCCAUUGGCCUUCGGAUGAAUCAGAGAUGGAACAGAUAAAGUCAAAGUUUGAGAAAAUUCGAGGCCUUCCGAAUUGUUGUGGAGCCAUUGACACCACCCACGUCCUCAUGAACUUGCCAAUGGUGGACCCUUCUAACAAUGUCUGGUUUGAUCUGGAGAAAAAGUGCAGCAUGAUUUUGCAGGCAGUAGUGGAUGCUGAUUUGAGAUUCCGGGAUGUGAUUACUGGUUGGCCUGGAAAAUUGAGCGAUGCCACUGUUCUCGGUAGCUCAGGUUUCUUUAGGCUCUCUGAUGAUGGAAAGAGGCUCAAUGGGAAGAAAAUGCCGCUGCCGGAAGGAACGGAAAUAAGAGAAUACAUUGUCGGGGAUGCGGGUUUCCCACUUUUGCCUUGGCUUCUGACUCCUUAUAAAGGAAAAGGCCUUGUGGAUUAUCAGCUUGGGUUUAACAAACGGCAUCACGCCACGAGAUUAGUGGCUCGGAGGGCAUUGGUGCGGUUAAAGGACAUGUGGAAGAUAAUCGAAGGGGUUCUGUGGAUGCCCGACCGGAACAAGUUACCGAGGAUCAUAUUUGUUUGCUGUUUGCUGCACAACAUCAUUAUAGAUAUGGAAGACGAGGUUCAAGAUGAGAUGCCUUUGUCCCAUGAUCACGAUCCGGGUUACCGACAACAGAUGUGUGAGGCUGUCAACACCGAGGGCUCCUUGAUUAGGGAGAAGCUCUCUUUGUACUUGGCUGGAAAGCUGCCACCCUGAAAAUCUUCGGUCCCCCUCGAGAAUUCCCUUUUUGUUCUUCUAUAUUGAUGCAUUGAUUGAUAGAACCGAGAAAUGAUGGGCGUCGCUAUAUUUUGAGGAGACAGCAAUUGUUAAUGCUAAAUACAAAUUCUUGUUC